AUGGUACCCUUUGUGAUCCUGUUCUGGAGGCUCUUGAAAAUCCUCAUCCCAUACCCGCAGCCCGUGGGCGAUGGUUUGGAUCACAAGGAGCUUCUGCGCAUGGAGGAACAUGUGAAGCUGCAGGAACUGGAGAAGAUUCGUCUGGAGCGGGAGGUGGAGCAGCUGAUCCUGAGGCAGAGGAACAGGAGAGYGGAGCAUAGAGAAGAAAACCAUGGUGCAAAUCCAUUCAGAAAUGUGGAUGCAAAUGAAGAAGAUGAUGCUGGAAAUGAGUUCGACCAUGUUGUUGAUGAUAACAUAGGAAGGAUGCUAGUGGAGCGCAUAGAGUGGCCUCUACAGGACCUUCAAUUAGGCUGCGAGUGGACAACUCACCUGAUGGCCAAGUUCACCAUAUUCUGUGGACACGUCUUGUCCGGUAGUUUCUAUCCCGUGCUGCACCGAGCCAUUGGUGUGGGCAGUGCCUUUGAAGGAAACAGGAGAGUGGAGCAUGGAGAAGAAAACUAUUUUGCAAAUGCAUUUGGAAAUUUGAAUGCCAAUGAAGAAGAUGAUGCUCGAAAUGAGUUAGAGCAUGAUGUUGACGAUAACAUAGGAAGGAUGCUAGUGGAGCGCAUAGAGUGGCCUCUACAGGACCUUCAAUCAGGCUGCGAGUGGACAACUCACCUGAUGGCCAAGUUCACCAAAUUCUGUAGACACGUCUUGUCAGGUAGUUUCUACCCGAUGCCCCAACGAGCCAUUGGUGUGGGCAGUGCCUUCGAAGGUUGGACUGCCUUUGUCAAGGAAGCUGAGUACCGCGUGCUCGUACCCCUGACUCCUCCUCGUGCACACACCUUCACCCUGGAGGUGGACACCGCAAGGGAGAUGCCCAACAGGACCUUCCAUGUGCUUGUGGAACUGCAGUGCACCUGUCUGACAGAGCUGCAGCAAGGUGGGAACAUGCUGUGCUUCCUCCACCAACAUGCAGAGGCGCUGAGGAKGAAKCAGGAUCCCAGUCUCCUUCACACCCUGUGCACCGGCUCCUACCUCGAUGUCCAGAAAACAACCCGCUGGUUUUACCAACUGGUGAGAGCAAUCUGGCCAGCUCUGCCUCAGUCACACAAUUGGCAUUUAUUGCUGCUGCCCUCCACACGCUCCUGCAAAUUCAAGGUGACCAACGGUACACAAAGCUACCAGAUUGAGAUGCUGUUYGGGGUGCGGCGAGGCGACUCAGAUGUGUUUGUGASCAGCCAGUCUAGUCCRAUUSUCACCCCAAGCACAAUGUGGACUGAGASYUUUGCUGUGGCAGAGAUGAAGUUCUUCAGGCACAUUGCCAGGCAGGCCCCCCCUGACAGUUGGCACCUCAGAUGCCUGCAGUUCUUCACCCGCCUUCAGCUGGGUCUAGGCUUUUCUACCUAUACCAUGAAGACCAUUGUCAUGCACCUCCUUACCAUUUUACCAGUGUCACAGUGGCAAAAGAGACAUUUCCUGAGGCGAGUACUGGAUAUCAAUGAGUGCCUGCGCUUAUGCGUGGCACAAAAAUGCCUCAAACACUUUAUUGUGGGCAGCCGAAGGCUUCCAGCGGAGAUCCGUUUGCCCCAAGAUGUCAGAAUGGCUAGGAGGAUUAAUCUCUUCCAUCGCCUGAUGAUGGAUCCUGAUGCCCUCUCCCAGGCGAUAAGAGAGUACCAGGCAGUGAAUCGUAUGCUCCUAGAAAUCCUUGACCCAGACCAUUGA